ACGUGAGGGCCUUGAACAACCCUCCCCAACUCCACCACCCUCAGAAUAUAUCCACCCACUUGUUCAUAAAUCCGAGCCAUGCAUCAAGCCAAUGGAACAUCACAAACUCCAGUGUACCUAAUAGCAGCACGCACAUAGGAACACCUUAUAAAAACCCUCCCUUGGCCAACUGAUGUCUCUACUGCCACCAACACAAAGCCAACAUGUAUCCCCUCUUCAUCUUUCUCCUCCUCUCCCUCUUCCUUGCGCCAGAGAUCGCCAUUGCUGCCACCAAACUAAGCUAUGGAUACUACUCCGAGACGUGUCCAGAGGCCGAGUCCAUCGUGCGGUCGGUGAUGCUCCGAGCUAUGAUCCGAGAGCCCAGGAGUGCCGCCUCCAUCAUGAGGCUUCAGUUCCACGACUGCUUCGUUAAUGGAUGUGAUGGGUCUGUGUUAUUGGAUGACACGCCAACCAUGCUCGGCGAGAAGCUGGCUUUGUCCAACAUCGACUCUCUGCGUGAUUACGAGGUGAUCGACGAGGUCAAGGAGGCGUUGGAGCAGCGAUGCCCGGGGGUCGUCUCGUGCGCCGAUAUCAUCAUCAUGGCCGCAAGAGAUGCCGUUGUACUGAGUGGAGGACCCAGCUGGGAAGUGAGACUGGGAAGAGAGGAUAGCUUAACAGCUAGCCAAGAGAACUCCAACAACAUCAUGCCAAGUCCCAGAGCCAAUGCAGCCUUCCUCAUCAACCUCUUCCACCAAUUCAAUCUAAGCGUCACCGACUUGGUCGCCCUAUCGGGUUCUCACUCCAUCGGCCAGGCUCGAUGCUUCUCGAUCGUCUUCCGCCUCUACAAUCAAUCUGGCACAGGCCGGCCUGAUCCAGAAAUCGACCUCGAGUAUCGAAAGAAGCUGGAUGAACUAUGUCCAAAGGGUGGUGAUGAGAACAUGACCGGCGGGCUCGACGCCACUCCGGUUGUGUUCGAUAACCAGUACUUCAAGGACUUGGUUCAGAAGAAGGGGUUCCUCAACUCUGAUCAGACUUUGUACUCAGGGGAUGCUAGGACUGGAAAGGUGGUUAAAAAGUUUAGCCGUGAUCAAGCAGCAUUCUUCUCGGCCUUCAUUGAAGGAAUGGUUAAGAUGGGUGACUUGCAAUCUGAUAAGAGAGGAGAGAUCAGGAGGAAUUGUCGAGUGGUGAAUGAUGGGCUAUCCCAUGCAGAGAUAUAGAAUUUUGAUGAGGGAAAUAGUGAAUUGGUGAAAGACAUGACAUAUAUAAUCGCUAAGAAUAUAUGGUCUCUUGUCACAUAUAUGCCAUAAAGGAACCAUUUAUAUAUUAUAUGGAUGAUUAUUAUGCUUUAA